AUGUUGUCAUCAACUACGGAUCCUCCUUUGCCAACUUUAGAGGGACAGAAGAUCAACCAUUUUUAUUGCGGACGAGAGAAUUCACGAAAUUCCGAGGAAUACGAAUUUGCGCUUGGCUCGAUCAGCUGCUACGCAAAUUUGCAAGGAUACGCGAUGCAAGUGCUCAACUUGGCCGAGGAACCGGGCUUGGCCCAGAAAUGCCCGCAAAAAGACUUCAUGUUCCGGCGUCACUGCGCGCUGGCCGAGUUUUUGGCGGCCAGCCAAUACGGAUGGGCCCUGUUUCUCGAUGCGGAUAUUGGCGUCGUCAACCCACUGCAUCGCCUCGAAAACUAUACGUUAACUGAGGACCUCAAUCUCGUCUUCUACAAUCGUUUCUACAACGACGAGGUGGCCAGCGGCAGUUAUAUCGUACGG